AUAAUCUGCACCCUUCGUCGACACCGAUUCAACUCUCCCCCAUGGUACGAAGCCCUAUCCUACGAAUGGAGACCGCCGAUAGAUUCGGCAUCAUGUCCGCCGCGAGUGAUCAUUCUCAACGGCGUUACGAUGCCCGUCAGCGAGAACCUGUGGCAGGCUCUACGGCACUUGAGGCUUCCACACAAAAACCGGACCUUGUGGGUCGACGCGCUUUGCAUUUGGCAGAGCAACCCCCGUGACCGUAGCGAGCAGGUUGCCAUGAUGGCGCACAUCUAUAGCGCAGCCACGAGAGUUGUAAGCUGGGUUGGGUUGGUCAUGCAGGAGGUG